CUUUGGCGUUUCGGCUACGCCUUCAAGGCGGAGGUCGCCAUCGACUACGUCAAGCACCACAAGCUCAAGCUUCCGCUGAACAACGAGCCGCUCGAUGAAGCCCCUACCUGGGAGGAGGUCGACAGUCGCCGGAAAUACAAGUCAACGGGGGGAGGUAUGUUUGCCGCGGCGCUGUGCCUUACGGCGAGGGAUCUGUCGAAGAAGUCUGGUGUGCAGCUGGACACCGCCCAGACUCUGGCGUUCUCGCGCAAUUUCGUCGUCUAUCUGUGGACAAACUACAACUAUGACGAGCGGUUCCGGCAGUGCCCCGACUAUGAUUUCGCCCUCAACACCCUCGACGAAGCUUUGAAGCCGUUUUCCGGAGUGACGGUCAAACCUUUGUGGUAUAUCGACUUGGAAAACGAC